GUGUGGUGGAACGCAAGAAAAGCGGAAUAAACGGAAGGGAAGUGGGGUGUGUAACUUCCUCCUUAUCAGAACAGACGGUGUGUGGCCGGGGCUAUUCCUUAUAUGCAGUGUCCACUUAACUGUAUAUAGCGCUGACCUCUCCCACCAUCUGCCAUGGCCUGGCCAGUAUAAGUACAUUAUGUCCGUGGGGGCCGGCUGUAGACAGUGGACACAGAGUGGUAGCCCAGCGGCAAUGUCAUCUGCUGCUGUAGAGACGUCUCUCUCAUUACACAGGAUCAAACAGUAGUGAGAAGACAUCCAGUGACCACCUGCUGUGACUCCAUCACUGAUAUAUGAGAGACACAAUGACCAGAAGAUCCUGGACCUCACCAACAAGAUCAUUCAGCUGCUGACUGGAGAGGAGGGGGAGUAUAUAGAGGAACACAUGAGUCUGUACAAGGACGUGAUGAUGGAGAAUCACCGGCCCCUCACAUCACUGGAUGGACCCAGUAACAGAGAUACCCCAGAGAGAUGUCCCCGUCCUCUGUAUUCCCAGGACUGUACAGAGGAGAAUCACAGGAUCCCACAGGAGGAUCAGAGUGAGCAAUUGAUUGAAAUUAAGACAGAAGAUAUAGAUGGUGAAGAGGAGAGAUAUGUGGCUGAUAGUGAAGUAGAAGAUAUAAAGAAGGAAGAGGAGAAAUAUGUGAGGGGUAAUCAGUGGUGUAAGGAGGAGGAAAUCCCUACAGAUAUCAGCACAGGUGGACUCCUAGGCCGAAACACCCGGGAAGGGCCUCUUAGUGUAUAUUCUGAUUUAGAUAACAAAUAUAAAAUAAAACCUGAGUCUCCAGGAGACAACCCCAGUAUACAUCCAACACCUGACAGUGCAGAUAUAUCAUCUAACCCCACUCAUCAUGAGGAACGUUCUCCUGAUCAGUUACACAGGAGAACUAAUAAGAGAGCUCAUAGAGUUCCUGCUAUACUUUCCUGCUCGGAGUGUGGGAAAUGUUUUCCACAUAAAUCAGAGCUUGUUAGACAUCAGAGAAGUCACACAGGUGAGAAGCCAUUCUCCUGCUCAGAAUGUGGGAAAUGUUAUUCAUUGAAAUCCAGUCUUGUUGCACAUGAGAGAAGUCACACAGGUGAGAGGCCAUUUCCAUGCUCUGAGUGUGAGACAAGUUUUUUAAAGAAAUCACUUCUUACUAGACAUCAGAGAACUCACACAGGGGAGAAGCCAUUUCCAUGCUCUGAGUGCGGGAUACAUUUUAAACGGAAAUCAAGUCUUGUUACACAUCAGAGACAUCACACAGGUGAGAGACCAUUUCCAUGUCCUGAGUGUGGGAAACGUUAUAGAACGAAAUCAAAUCUUGUUCAGCAUCUGAGAACUCACACAGGGGAGAAACCUUAUCCAUGUUCUGAGUGUGGGAUGCAUUUUAAACGGAAAUCAAGUCUUGUUACACAUCAGAGAAUUCACACAAGUGAGAAGCCAUAUCCAUGCUCUGAAUGUGGGAAAUGUUUUACACAGAACUCCAUGCUUGUUACACAUCUGAGACGUCACACAGGGGAGAGACCUUAUCCAUGCUCUGAGUGUGGGAAAUGUUUUACAGACAAAUCACAUCUUAUUAGACAUCAGAGAAGUCACACAGGUGAGAAGCUAGUUUCUUCUUGAAGAACCUGAAUUCUGCACAAUCUUUAAAGGAAAGACAAUUCUUGCUACUCAUCAGAAUUACACACAUUAGAAGAGCAAUCCACCCCUGUAUCUUCUUAUUUCAUUAUUAUCCAAAUAUGGGGAAAACAUUUUGCUUUGAAAUCUUUUACUAAUAAUCUGUUUCAAAAUAAUCAUUUUCCUAUGAAACGCUGAUAAAAUAAAUAAACCUAGCGCCAUUAGCAGCUGGUGAGAGGUUAUCAAUAGACCUUUGGAGUAUUAAUACAGAGUAUAAACUGAUUCAGGAGCCUCCAUAGUGGCUUUAUACUAAUUGUUUAUUGUGGUUAAUUGGAUCUUUUUAUCAUUAUGUAUUUUACGUAUUUUAAUAAAUGUGUAUUUCUA